CUUUAAGUCCCACUGUAUUUCCCGGCAAAACGCUGAACUUUUAAGAUGAAGUUAUUUGUUUUCGGCAUUGUGUGUGCGUUUCUGCAAGUCAGUUGCCAAAAUCCUACGAGCCACUGGACUCUGCUGCCCCACACUUUGGUUGUGGAGGUGGACGGCACUUUGGGCCAGCAGCCCCUGAGCUGCCUGGAGUCGCCAGAGGAGCUUACGAGGAGAGACAUUAAGAAUCAGGAUAUUUUUUGGAGGAAGAAUGGAGUACAGGAAGCGCAGAGAGGAAACUCAUAUCUGGUGCAGCUGGAGGAAAGCUUAGGAGGGGGCAACUACACCUGCCACAGCGAGGACGGAUCACUCCUCAAUCAUACUGUGAUCCUGAUCCAAGAGGAAGAAACUAAGAGGAGGAAGAUUCUUGUGAAAUCUGACCAAGAAGAUUAUUUAAAGUGCUCGGCUCAAAAUUACAACGGAGAGUUCCACUGCUCUUGGACCUGGCACAGCAGACGCGUUGGCAAAGUAGCAUUCAUCAAAGCUCGACGUGUCACUGACAGCAAUGACAUUCAGUGCUCUGUGGAUACCAGCGGUCAGCGUUGGACAUGCUCUUCAGGUCAGAGACACUUUGGCUGUUCAGUGGACGACAGCGGACACAGGAUCUUGUGCUUGGACAAGCAGCACUGCCCCUAUACUGAGGAGAGUCAACAGAUCCACAUCAGUGUCUACGUGAAGACUGAGCACUUCCUAGUGGAAAACUACUCGAAACACUUUUACCUGUCAGAGAUAGUGAAACCUGACAAGGUGAUGAUCAGUACAGUCAACACUACGAUGAUAGAGUGGAGUUACCCAAGAUCCUGGAGCAGUCCCUUCUCCUACUUCCCCCUCACUUUCCAGAUUGCACAGCUGAAGAAGGGAUGUGAAAAGUGUGACAACCCGUGCACUGACUCAAAAGCCACAAAGAUCUUGACAGUCCACUCUACAGACAUUUGUCAGUUUGAAGUCAAGCGCAAGACUAAGGCCGUCUGUGUCCGAGCCAAGGAUGCUCUCUGUAACUCACAGUGGAGCGAGUGGAGCCACUUAAGACUGAAGAACAAGAAGAAGAAAAACAACAGACAUCGUAAAAACAAACAAUGAGCAUAACAGAAGAAACACAAUCCCAAAACUGGACAUCUCGAUUUACUUAAAAGCUUUUUAUAUAUUUAUAUAAUAUUGUAUCAAGGUGUUUGUAAUAUGUAAC